UUCUGUGAGAGUAGGAGGGGAAGUAUUACAACACAGACAACUCAACAUGGAGGAACCCGUCCACUGCCUGCUGUUUAAAUAAUGCAGAUGAUAAAACAGCCUCCUUCAUGAAAUGACUCAUUCUGAGCGUUCCAGUAUCUGACUGGCUGAGUGAAAACAGAAUUAGAAAUAAAGGACAGCAAGGGAUAAAAAGAGGAGGAUGAAGAAACAAAGCUGUAAGAAGAGACAAGAGACGGAGCUGUCCUCCCUCUGCAAACCCAAGAAGAAGAAACAAGCCACGAGACAACACUGCCCCAAGACAUCUGCAGGACACAAACACUCUCAAAAUAAAUCUCAACUUCCUGUUACAUGUGGUCAUAAAGAGGGCAUCUUGCAUUUGAAGAAAUAUAAUAACAAACAGAAGUGCAUCUUCAGUGAAGGCCAGUGGUUCAAGCCCACUGAGUUUGAGAGGUUUGGGAUGAAGGACAGGAACAAAAAGUGGAGAACCAGCAUCCUUUGCACAGGCAUUCCACUCCAGAAGCUCAUAGAGGAUGGCUUUCUUUCAUCUACAAACUUUCAGAAAAGCAAGGUUCAGGAUGCACAGAAGAAAAAAAGCCCUGUGGGUUUGGAAAAACUGGAAUCAGAUGAGAUCGCCAGUGAUAGUCAAGAUAUUGAUGAUGAAGAUGAUGUUAUUGACUUGAGCAUGUUUGAAGGUCCAACCCUACCUGUUACUUGUGGUUCUGAAUCUGGCAUCCUACACAAAUGUCGCUUUGCCAAAGGGCAUCGUGGGAGAUGCAUAAGAACAGAGAACUUCUGGCUCACACCUGAGGAUUUCAUCAAACUGAACAAACCAGAUGGAACAUGGAGGAAAGACAUUGUGACCAAUGAGAUACCUUUAGGAAAACUUAUAAUGAAAAGAGUUUUGGAACCGCAUAUGAUAAACUGUUACUGUGAGAUUUGUGAAGAAGAAGAUCAAUACCAAAAUGAUGACGUGUGUUUCGUGUGUAACUCUGAGGGAGAUCUUGUGUGUUGUGACGAGUGUCCACGAGCUUUUCAUUCACACUGUCAUCUACCAGCUGCAGACGGAGACUCACUUGGAAGCAAGUGGAGCUGCACAUUCUGUGUGAUGAAGAAUAUGAAAGAUUCCAGUCAAAAGACCCAACAGGAAGUUUUGAGCAGUCCAGUCUCUCAGUACACACUGCACUGUCAGUACCUGCUGUUACACCUGCUACAUGAGAGCAUGACUGAGCCCUGCACUAAUGUUUCAGGAUACAGUAAGAAUAUUUGUAGUCCCAUGAUGCUGGGCAGAGUGAAGCUGAACCUGGAGAAUAACGAUUAUCAAACAGUGCAAGAGUUUGUCUCCGAUAUUGAACAGAUUUUCAACAACUGCUGCACCUCCAACGGAGAUAAUGACUCCAGUAGAAUGACCUCUAGGCUGAAGGAAGCAUUCAAGAAGGAGUUUGAAACUGUCUUUAAGCUCCUAUAACAUCAUGCUGUGGGUUGAUUGUUGAUGUCAAUACAGAAGUUACUAUAGGGUUUUUAUAUUUAAAGCAACAAGAGCACAUUCAUUUUAAUAAGUUUUUAAAUGACAGCAACCAUGGUCAACCUCCAGUCAUUUAGCCUGUCCAUAUCAAUGUACCUUAAAGGUGAAGUGUGUCAUUUUUUGUGUCCUUAGCACAAAGUGGGUUUCCUAAACAGUCAUUAUGUCUUCUUUUGUUCAUCUUCCACAGCCCUGCUCCAAACUCACAGUAUUGGUUGAAGUUGUUUGACCACUGAAAUAAACACUGUACUGUUUAAAUGAA